UUAAUAACAUGAUAAAUUGAUAAUAUAUGAAAGUAAACACUUACUGCAACAGUUAGCAAGACAGUCAACAGUUGAGGGUUGACGUGGUUUAAUAAAAUCGUUACAAUAUUUCCUUGUUUUUAUAAGCAACAUGAAGGAUAUUAAAAUGAGUUCCCAUCUAUCGGGGGGCAGAUUAAACGUGGCUUUAGUCCAAGAGACGAUGAGAAAGGAUUUUUUAAACCUUCUUCAGAUGUGUGAGGGUCCCAAAAUAACUAUUUGGGAUGAGUGGCUAGCGGGUCCUGUAGGUCUCGUAGCACAGUAUUCCUUGCUCAAGGAACAUGAAGUAGCUGACAUGUUUUUGUUGAAGCCGGGAAGCCUGCCCACUAUUUCUGUGAAACACAUAGUUUUCAUUGCUAGAGCUAAGCUAGCAUUGAUGGACUUGGUCGCUGAUUAUAUUAAUUCACUUAGAUCCAAGCAAACCUACCCAGUAGAGUUCCACCUGUUCUUUGUGCCGCGUAGAAGCGAGCUGUGCGAGAAGCACCUUGCGAACCGAGGAGUCCUGGCCAGCCUCACCAUACAGGAGUUCAAGUGCGACAUCUUCCCUUUCGACAGUGAUGUCAUGUCUUUGGAGCUGCAGAAUGAUUUCAGGGAGAACUAUUUGGAAGGUGAUCCAACCUGCGCGUACCAGUCCGCACUCGCGUUACGCACGAUACAACAUCUGUACGGCAUCAUACCGCGCGUGUUUGGAAAAGGAGUCGCUGCUAAACAAGUAUGGGACCUGCUAUGUCGGUUGAACAAGGAAGAGCAAGGCUCCUCAAAGGGAGCCUCCACGUCUUGUAUAGACCAGCUGCUGUUGCUCGACCGCGCUGUGGACUUCACUAGCGUCAUGACCACGCAGCUUACAUACGAGGGACUCAUAGAUGAGUUAUUUGGGAUCAAAGGCUCAACGGCGACAUUCCCCGCGCACAAGUUCAUGAGUUCCGAAGAGGCGAGCACCACCGAAAUUAAGGCGGGGGAGAAGAAACGCAUCAUUCUCAAUUCGGGAGAGGAACUGUUUGCUGAGCUACGGGACUGUAACUUUAUUGCGGUCGGCGCAGCGAUAUCGAAGAAAGCGCGCAUAAUUAAGAACGAGCUAGACGAACGGCACCGCCACCACGAAAAGUCAGUUCAGGAGAUCAAGCAUUUCGUCAACCGCCUGCCUCAGAUGCUGGCCACCAAGCAAUCGGUGUUCACACACACGGCCAUCGCUGAGUGUAUCAAGGAGACGACAGACUCAUUCGAGUUUCAAGACACGAUACGAUGUGAGGAAGACUUCCUGAACUGCAUUGAGAACGAGAAAGCGUGUCCCUACAUUGAAGAUCUCAUCGCUCAGAAAGCACCUCUCACUAAGGUCCUUCGACUGAUAUGCCUGCAAUGUGUGACCGGCUCCGGUCUGAAGCCAAAAGUACUGGAAUACUAUAAAAGAGAGCUAGUCCAAGUAUACGGGCUCAUGGCGUGGCUCACUCUCUGCAACCUGGAGAGGUGUGGGCUACUGAAGGCACAGUCGGGGGCGAGGCAGUACGCAGUGUUGAGGAAGACGCUACACUUAACCAUGGACGAGUCAGAGCUUGACAGCAAGGACAAGAGCUAUCUGUCAAGCAAAUAUACACCUUUGACCGUACGGCUUAGCGAGCAUAUUGCCAAGAACAAAGGAUGGACUGGAAUCCAGGACAUGCUAGGCCUACUCCCAGGCGCCACAAUAGAUGAGCUCCAAACCCUACAACCACGAAGUGCGCGCCGCAACUCCUCGUCGAGCGAAACUUCAUCGUCCCUUGAGAGUCCCCGAGUGGUCCUGGUCUUCUUCAUUGGGGGGUGCACGUACCAUGAGAUCUCGGCGCUCAGGACUAUUAGUCAGAUGGAGGACUCUAAUGUUGAGUUUGUGGUGUUGACUACUAAGCUGAUCAAUGGUACCACUUUUAUAGAGUCGCUUAUGGAAGUGGAGUAACUUU